AUGCAACCCGUCCUUGUUCUCAACAACAACCCAGGAAAACCCUAUUGCGGAGUACGCGGAAUGGAUUCUCCAUCGACUGAACCUCUAGACGACGCUGUCACAGCACAAUUAUAUGCGGAACUAUGCUUCUGGAGCAAUGAAAUCGAGAAAGAUGCUUGGGAGACCUUUCUGUUGGAGGAGGAUGAGACUCCGGACGAGGAUGACAGUGUUAUCGAUCCAUAUGAGACCCUGGAAACCUCUCACCUUCCAUUCGCUUUACCCUCCGAGAAGCGCUCCUUCGACUCAUGGCAAGAGGCUCUAAAAUGGCUCGAUGGAUGGUCUAGUACUCGCGGAUAUGGCAUGCGCAAAAAGGGUGCUGGCCGCAAGAACAACGCAGGCAAUUUCACAUCAUAUUAUGUGACGUUGGACGCGUUACGUUCGCAAUAUGCCUGA